UUAUAUAGAAUUUUUAAUUUAGAAAAUAGACCGCCAAAAUAACGCUUAAACACUAGAUAAAUUUAACCCAUGAUAUUUUCAUAACAUUACCAAAUAUGGAUGUAUGAAUUUUGAGGCGUUGGAAUUUAACACCAUCCAUUUGUGAUCAGUUGUGUGCUUUGAACAUAAUACCAUAGUGCUGAAUUGAUUCCCUACUAUGAUUAAGUGAUGGGUUACUCCCUUUUAGUAUAAAACAUUAGUGCUUUUAUUUGGAGUUAACUAAAGGUUUAGUAAGGUUAUGUUUGCAGUGUGAUUACAGUUUUCUCAAUCUAGCCUAGGCUCUAUUAUUUCUAAGAUGUCUUUCAGAGUCGUAAGGUCAAGUAAGUUCCGGCAUGUUUACGGAACCGCACUCAAGAGAGAACAAUGUUACGAUAACAUCCGAGUUUCAAAAUCAUCCUGGGACUCAACCUUUUGCGCUGUCAAUCCAAAGUUUCUAGCAAUUAUUGUCGAGUCAGCUGGUGGUGGGGCUUUUAUCGUUCUUCCACAUAAUAAGGUGGGAAGAAUAGCUGCGGAUCAUCCUCUAGUAGGGGGUCACAAAGGUCCGGUGCUAGACAUCGCCUGGUGUCCUCACAAUGACAACGUCAUCGCGUCAGGAUCUGAAGAUUGUGUGGUCAAGGUGUGGCAAAUACCUGAUGGAGGAAUUUCUAGAACUUUGACGGAGCCUGUAGUUAAUCUUGUUUACCACCAGAGGAGGGUUGGAUUGGUUCUGUGGCACCCUACGGCGCAGAAUGUACUUCUUACAGCUGGCUCAGACAAUCAAGUAGCCAUAUGGAACGUGGGGCUGGGGGAAGUUUUGGUCCACAUCGACUGCCACCCGGACAUCAUCUACAGUGCCUGUUGGAACUGGGACGGCUCCCAACUACUCACGACCUGUAAGGACAAGAAGAUGAGACUGAUCAACCCUAGGUCCGGCGAAAUCAUUGAGGAGGCGAUUGGCCAUGAGGGUAGCAAAGCCACCAGAGCCAUCUUCCUGCGCAGUGGACUCAUCUUCACAACUGGGUUUAGCAAGAUGUCGGAGAGGCAGUACUCACUCCGGGCCCCGGACCAUCUCAGUGAGCCGAUCAUCAUGGUUGAGCUAGACACCAGUAAUGGAGUCAUGUUUCCUCUCUACGACCCAGACACCAAUCUAGUCUACCUUUGUGGCAAGGGGGAUAGUGUAAUCAGAUAUUUCGAGAUCACCGCAGAACCACCUUAUGUGCAUUACAUCAACACCUUCCAAACACCCGACCCCCAGAGAGGCAUCGGAAUGAUGCCAAAACGAGGCUGUGAUGUCUCCGUUUGCGAAAUCGCACGAUUUUAUCGACUGAACAACUCUGGACUUUGCCAAGUCAUUUCUAUGACUGUCCCACGAAAGUCCGAGCUGUUUCAAGAGGAUCUGUACCCAGAUACCCUGGGUGAUGUGUCGUCCUUGUCUGCGGAAGAGUGGUUUGAAGGCAAGGAUGCAGAACCUGUGUUGAUUUCUCUCAGGGAUGGUUACACCCCUCCGUCUGCUCCCAAGUCAGAGUUCAAGGUCAACAAGAAGGCUAAUCUUCUGGACAGUCGCAGACCAGGGCAAAAGUCUGCCCCUGUCAUCGACACUGCUGUUUCGGAAGAUAUGAUCAAAGAAUUUAGAGAAGAAAUCAGAAAACUGAAAGCCAUGAUUGUCAAACACGAGAAUAGGAUCAGAACUCUAGAAGAGAAGGAGAAGAAGGCUGAAGAAGAGGAAGGUUUGGUAGGAGACGGUUUGCGGGUGGGAAGAACAGCUCCAAUCUCUGCACCGAUUAGCAACGAGGACAACCAUCAAAACUCCGACCAUGAAGACUUGGCUCCUGAUGAAGUCUAGCCAAAUCCCAUUCAGUGGGAUCCGACUCUAGUUACCGCCACCUAUUCUAUCACACCGAAACCCGCAUCUACUAUUUGUUAGUCUAAUCACAUCUUGAGGAGAGACGAAAAACGAUCUACUCACUACUUAAUUUUUCUUCGGCUUUUGUAAUAUUUUCUUUUUCCUUUUUGUAGAAAAUCGAAUAAUUGUUGAUAAACGUUUUGAACCAUUGCAUAGAAAGUUCUGUAAAUUGGUAUGAAGUGUUCUUGUAAAGUAUUUAAAUUUUGUCGGUGCAAUAAUCUAAAAGUUUUGACUAACAUCUAACAAUUCAUUUCUAAGAUAUUAACAAUUUUUAUUUUCUCACAUUAGUAGUCCUACCUACUUCGACGACAAUAGAUUUAACUAUUUAAAAUAAUACUUUGUUUUUUUUUGGUGCCAAACUGAUAAAAGUGUGUGUCAAUUAAUGUUUUUACUUAAAUUGUCAUUUUCAGUAUUUUAGCCUCUGGUAAUAAUUUUACAAAUAUUUGUACGCUAUUGUUAAUAUGUGCCUUGUGAUUUUUGGCUGAGAAACGCAACAUUUAUUUUUGGUAUUCCUGUCUUCCCCUUCCUUAAACUCCACGAGCGAAAUGUUGUAUUUAUUCACUCACAGUUUGUGUUUUCUACUUCUUUUGUAAUUAGUGUUGUUACUUUGUAUUUGUCGUCGCCCCUCAUCAUCAUGAAAUGUGUUUGAUUUUUUAUGAAAUACUUCAUUUUCUUUUUGUAAUUUAUUCCACUUAAUUGUAUUGUUUGAAUUUGUUGUUUGAAGUUUGUCUCUGUUUAAUUAACCAAAGUUUAUAUCGUUAAGUCAAACAAUAAAGGUGAUUAGAAAGCUGAAAGCUUAAGUUGCAGUCACCUCACUAAUUGCAUUUAUUCUGUGAUAAGACCAUGUCACAAAUUAGGUUAAGUUAACUUAAAGCCUAACAACGAAAAAUUAAACUCUAUAUCAAACCAAUGUAGUUUUUAUUAUUGUAUUGAUAAUGAUUACAAACAAUCAACAUAAGUAUUGUAACUUAAUAUUUAAUAAUUUGUCCAGUAUUCAGUAAACAUUUUUGCAUAUAUUACUUAACUUAGUGCUCAAUUUGUACUGUUGAGUUUUGGUUAUCCGACCUAAUUUGACUGUAAGAGUAAAGAUUGGAUACCAAAGAGAAUAAUAAAAACAAACCAAUCUAAAAGUGUUAAAUCAAAUUAUAUUUAAACAUUAAAUACUUUCAAAAUAUAGGCUUGGUUACGAAAUAUUUUGUAGUACUGUGUAACAUCUAUAUACUUAAUAGAGUAAGGGGUUUCUCUGUACACAUCGCUUUUUCGGCCGUCCUACUUAACCGAUUUUUACAUUUGAGGUGACAUUUUGAAAACUUAUGAUAUAGCGCGGGGACAAAUGGUAAUUAAGAAGGUAAAAGCCUUAAAGCUUUGCCCUUCUAGUGUUUGCCUGCAGUUGAAUUUUUAACCACAGUCAGAUUGUUAACAAGCGACAAAACACUUUUGGAAAAUGGACUUUUGCCACUUGAAUUGAUAUUUUUAACCUUAUUAGGGUAGGUAAGUCACUCUUUAGGUUUAGGUUCACAAUCUUCAUAGUUUAAAUAUUGUAGGUUAGUAGUAUUAUUUAUCUAAUCUAUCUACUGUCUUAAACAAGCAUAAUAUAUUUACAAUCUAAUAGUACUCAUUUGUCUAGAACAAAAUGAAGCCCGGAUAACGCAAAAGGUCGGAUAACCAAGUCUCUACCGUACUUUAGUUGAAUGCAUAUUAAUGUUUAGCACAAACUCCACUUAAUUUAUGAUACAAAACUAAACAAAAAGUACAAAAUAAAUUAUUUAAAAAUUAAUGUUUUAAAAUUAUUGACGUUUAAUAGUUUAAUGUAGAAUAGAUAAUGAAUGCCUUUUAUGUUUUAAUAGCCCAAAAUUAUUCUUUAGCUGUAAAUCUAUUGUCAGGAAUAAGUACAGUUAGGUUUUUGUCGUAUUUUGGGAUAAAUUAAUAAUAACACACACAAAAAUAGUAGGCCUAGAUAUUAAAAAGUCAUGUAACAUUAUUGUGCUACGCACAAAUAUAUUCCUGUUGGGUGUUUUCUGAUGUAUUUUAAUAAAUAUUUAUGACUCAGACUGAAAUUUUAAAUUAAGCUUAUUCAUAAAAAGUUUUGUUGAACAAAUUUACCUAUACACAUAGUAGUAGCCUAUUACUAUAUUUACUACUGUAAACCCUCAUUUAUCUGUAGAGUCAUUUAAUAGCAGUUAGUAGAAAUGUUAUUGCUAAGUUUACACUUUACAAUGUUAGAAUACUACUUGUGCUUCAGUAGUUAAUUAUUUUCAAAAUUCACAGUACAGUAUCCAAAUUUUUUCUGUAAAAUAUGUUUUGAUUAUAGACAAAGGGUACCCAAACAACCCCAGAAAACCACUGUCAUUCUUCAAAUUAAGUUUAUCUUAUUUUUUUUUGUAUUAUUAUUAGUUUCUAGCUCCAAUUAACCUGGAUCAAUGAAGGUUUCCUGUAGUAUAUUAUAUUUCAAUAAUUUUGUAUCAAUAGAUCAAGCUUAUCCAACACCCUACUUCAGUAAAGUACAAAGCAUUAGGCAAAUAAACUUAAAUGUGAACACAAGUUAAAAAUAUUUUAAACAGUAUGAAAUUAAAUCUAAUUGUACUUAAUAAUAGGGUAAGCAAGUAUUUAUCCAUACAAUUGAGUAUUUAGUGAAACAUUAAUUUUAAACAAGUAUUUUCUACAAUGUUACUUUUUGUAUUAUGCUUGAUUUUCAAAUCAAACUGAUAUAACAUUUUUGAAUACUCAGGGUUCUAACCGACAAAAGUGUUGAUACAAGUCAUUAAAAUAUAAUUUACAAUUAUAUAUGUAACUUGUUAAAUAUUUGAAUAUCAAUGCUGAUUUAUAUACAAUAAACAUUUUUAAGGAUGUAGACUUCUACUUAAAAUUAAAAUGUUCAUACAACAAUAACGUUUUAUCACAGGACAUGCUUUUUAAUCAAGUUACUUCAUUUGAUGUGUGAGUGUAAUUUUUAUAUAAGAAAUGAAACAAAACCAUUAUCGUUUGAAAAAGUUUUGAUAUAUUGUCUUUUUCAGAGUUAACUCAACAGCUUUGAAAUUUUAUUAAAAAGUAAAUUAGUAAAAUAAAAUCCCAAAAGCAAUCAUGGACAAACAACUUGAAGCAAACUAAAAAUACAUCACAGUUAGUUAAAAAAAAUUACAAUCAGUGUUAAAGCAAGUAAAUUAUAUUUAUAAGUAAAACUGAGGCCUCAGACACAUUUUUGUUUUUUUACAUCAACAUUCAUAUUUUUAUCCAACACACGAUAUAGUUACAAAAUAUAGUAAAAAACCCCGUCAAAACACUGUAACUUUAUCUUAUGAAGAGUUGCAUCUUGGAAAUAACAAUGCAUUUUUUAAUUUUUAAAAGAUGUUCAGUUCUUUUGGGAUACAGUAUCCUCUAAAUCAACUUUUAUUGGUAUAAAAUGAUGUGGAUCUUAAAAUAUUCUCAUUUUAUAUUCAAAAUAUAGAUUGGGUUUGAAAUGAGCAAAGAUCGUUAAUUAAUUUGUCAAUGUUUGUUUUUUGUAUAUUUUAAAUGUGAGAUAUUACUGAUUUAGGUUUUAAGGUUUUUAUCUAAUACAAUUAUCUGGUGCCUUAAGAGUGAUGUUUGCACUUUAGCCCAUUAAGAGGCUCGGCUUUCUAAUCAUUUACUUAAAGAGCUGUGCCUGAAGGUAUCUUUUGUAAAUAAAGAUUUAUUAGCUUUGAUUGUUAAUUUGUUAAUAAGUCUCAUUAAAAUAGGUUGUUAUAAUGUAUUUGUAGUGCUUAACUCCUUAACUUAUACCUAGUUGCUAGUUGCUCAACGGUAGCAUUGUUUUCAGUUCUAAUUGAAUCUGUAUAUUAUUAAUUUUUUAGUCUGUGCAGCGUUUGGAAAAUAAGCGCAGAUUUUUAGACAAACUCUUAUAAAACAUCACUUGUUGCUCGAGCUUAAAAGAGAAAAAAAUGUUUUAAACUUUACAUAAAGCGAAAAAGAGAGAUAUGACAAUAACUUUGUUUUUGCACAAACUGUUAACUUGUAAUCUCUUUGUCUUAACAGUGAAAUAUAUGUUGGUCUUAUGUGUUGUUAAUGUUGUUAUUCACCAGUUGUUUGACUGAGCUCAUGUAUUUAUAUUUUAAUUUUGCCUGUUAAAAUAGCAUUUCUCUUAUGAUAAUUUUAGAUAUUGAAUGAACAAGCUAAUUGUUAUUUUUUUUAGACAGGAUAAACAUAGACAAUUGAAUGUUUUGCAUGCUGAUAGAUAUUAAACAAAUCAAAAUAGCAAAAGUCAAAUAAUUUUACAGAAUUAUUAAAAGAAAUUAUAUUUAUAAUAUAUAAAAUAAACUAGGUUGUAGAAUAUAAUUAAAUAAAUUUUAACUUUUGUCUGUAUUUAUUUUUAUAUUUAAUAAAAUGUCACAAGUUUAUAAACAAAUUGUAUUUAGUCAUAAAUUUUUGUGUUUGCAAAGAAUUAUUUUAAUGACGUAUUUAGCUACAACAAACAUUGUUGUUUAAGUAUUACAUCACUGAUAAAAUAAUUUGAUCAAAUCUUGUUCCUAUUACAAAUGUAUUUAACAAUGAGAAUGUUGCUAGCCACUAUGGACAAAAGUUUUGAAAAGUUCACAAGUACCUUAAUGGACACGUUAAAUUUGUUAACUGUAUUCUGAAUAUUUUUAAUACAAAUGUUUAAUAUGCAA